GUUGCCUUGGUGACGUAACACGCUAAUGUUCCACAAUGUUAACAGACAUUUGGAAAAGUUUGUUUUUAAGUGGGAAAACUAACGUUACUCUGUUAUGCCUAAAGACUUCAAGGCAUUUUUUUCUUCAAAUUAAUGAAAAGCGAGUCAACGGAAGCAAGGUGGUUUCAGUCAACAUCUGUGGAGACGCCCAUCGCCUCACAACGGACCCAGAUUUACAGCGGGGACUUUAUUGGGAGUUAAAACUUUGCUUCGAGUUAAUGUUAACAGAACGACCUGCAGCAGUGCAGUUAAAGUACCGUUGGCGUUAGCUACAUACGUUACACCGGUAAAUAUGAAGAGUACCGGAUACGAGUACAAUAUUUUCAGAAAAGAAAAGAGGACACUCUUCUCAUAAGGUAACGUUACAGGUGUGAGAAAAUACUCUGAGAAGAUGGUAAGAAAUAAAAACAUUGGAGGGGGUCUUUUUCGCUCUUCCAUGCACAAGACAAAAAAAACUGGCUCCCAGAUUGCAGGGAGCAAGGACCUGACACCGCUGGAGAAGCCAGCCGAUGAUGACAUCCCUGCUGUUUCUCCAGAGCUCCAGACCACCAGCCAAGGUCAGCUGGGCUUUCCAGACAGAGUCUACCUGCUGGCGUCAGUCAUCUUCCAGAAGAACCACAUGAAGAAGCCCGCUGCACACCGGUUGGUGAAUUAUGGAAAAGAAAGAGGGCUCUCUUUACCUGAAGUCAAAGAUGAGCAGAUGCAACGUACAUCUUAUGAGCUGGCCUUCAAUACACUUAAAUAUCAAGAUCUUCUGGAGGACAUCCUUAUUGACAGCUGCUUUUACCUCACUCAGCCAAUGCCAGAUGAUCAGAUGAGCCUUGUUGCCGUCAUGCUCUAUGACUUCCAGGACAGAAAUUUUUUCCCUCGGGAAUGCCAAAGGGAGGACUUGAUCGUGCAAGAAGUUAGAGAUGUUGAGAGCUACCUCCUCAGGUUUAAAACCAAGCUGGCAGCCUCUCUGGCCCGCUGCAGGAUCAAACAUGAUCUCUUGUCCAUUGAGUGUAUCCUGCCGGAGAGUGUGAAGAUGAAGCAGGAGAGAUCAAGCAGCCUUCCACUCUACGCAUGGAUCAACACACAGAGGAGCAGCCUUGAUGAGGUCAGAAGUGUGCUGAAGUGUGCAGGCUUCUCCCAGGUGAAAUCGAUUGGGCAGCUGGAGGACCAGACCUUCUGCCAGGAUCCCCACUGUGGGGAUCUACUGGUGUUCCCUGCUCAGCUGAAAGCUCAGCUGUACACCACCAAGCUGCUUAGCGACCACAAACUCAUCCUCCAGGAUAAAUCUUGCAAUCUGGGCCCAAACGCAGUGUGCUCCCUGCUACCAGAGGAAGGCGAUGUUCUUAUGGUGGGCUUCUUCUCUGGCCUCACUGUCUCCCACACUGCCUCCCUAAUCGCAGAGAAGCAUAAAGCCAACAGCAACGACCAGCCCACGGUCUACAUUUGUGUCAGUGAUCGUACAAACGCUGAGAGGGAGGAGCUGCAGCAGACUGCCACUGCCAUGGGCUGCAAGAAUGUGAAGCUGAUACCAGAGGACUUCCAGUCUUUGAACGGUGGUGACAAGCGACUUCAGAGGGUGCGCGUUGUGCUGUUAACCCCCAAGUGUUCUGUGUCUGCAGUCAGCGACCCGGUCAACUUUAUACUGCAAGAGAAGGGAGACACAGAACUGCUGCAGGACUUAUCCCAGGGCUCCAUAUCCCAGAGCAGACUGGAAGCUCUGGUAGCCCAACAGAUGAGGGAAAUUGAUCACGCUUUGAAGUUCCCUAAGGUUUUGGCAGUGGUGUACUCUACCUGUUCUUCAUACCGAGAGGAGAACGAGGAGGUGGUGAACAGAGCCCUGGAGCAAGCAAAGGCCCGCUCAGAGCAGGAGGGGGAACCAAAACAAGCAAACUUCAGGCUUAGUCCAUCCCCAUUCAGCAUUCCUGACCAUGCCAAGGCUCCAGAGGAAACAGACCCCUUCUUCAUGUUGGAGCCCUCAGAACAGAGCAAUGGCUGCUUCCUGGCUGUUCUCAGCAGAGAGCCUGAGCCAGUGGUGAAAGAGGCACCACAUGACGUGCUUGUCAGGGCUAAUGCUAAAGGCAUACUGGACAGGAUCGGCUCCAAAAAGCCAACAAGAAAAGAGCAGCAUGGACACACCAACAGGAUGACAAAAACUACUCACGCACGCACCUCUCAGUCCCACCUCUCUGUCAGUAUUCGAUCCAAAAACCAAGAGACCAAGGGCAGCAACAGCACUACUUUGUGUGGACAUCAGGAAUUUACUAACAGCCGACAGUCAUUACAAGGAAAAGCCAAAGCAGUGCGCCUGCAGUCCUCCCAGAACACUGUGUCCAGCUCCUUCUCUUCCUCCAAACCAGAAAACAGCGCAACCAAGAAAAGCAUCCCCCCUGUAUUAAGCACUACAACUUCCACCACCACUCUGCAUCCCGUCCCUCCCCCUGCUUUCCCAGCUGCCCCGGUUGUCCGUCCCCGCAGAGCUCAUCAGGAGGUGUUGAAGCCUGUGGUGCUCGUCCUGCCUACUGUUCGCUUCCCCGACUUCUUCCCACCCCUGCACAGCCGACCAGGACGCAGCCCCAGCUUUACCUACAACAAGUGGAGGCCCGCUGUUCAGAGUGUACCCCCCUCCCGCUCCAGUGGCAGUCUCUCCAAGGAUGCUAUGGUCAAAUCCCAGCCUUUGUUUUAGGCUCACAAACACCAACACAAAUAUAAAAGAAGUAUUAAUAAUUUUGCCAAAUGCUUACUUAAAUAAAGCACUAAGCAUCUAAAUCUAACAGCAAAAAAUAUACGGUGUUGUUGAUUUGCCAAAUUACAUAGAGCAUUAGAAAAAGAAAGUCACCUUAAAUGCUUCUAGAGCCAUUUUUACUUAAGAUUACAAUAUAACUGUGACAGUGUCUUUGUGUGCUAUAAAGAGCGUCAGAGUCUAAUCAAACCGCAUGUAUUUAAAGGGCUGGACUGAUAUCAUUUCAAUGUCACUACAUGAUGAACAGCUACCACAGAGGGUUCCACUGACCUAAACAACUGAAGGACGUAUUCAAGAAACUACUCUUUUCUCUUUUGGUAAUGCAUUUAUUGUCACAACAGAUUACAUUCACAUGGUGAAAAGAUGAGUGAAGAACAGAACUGAAAUGAUUUACAGCAUCUUUCUUGGUUGUUUUUUUGCGUGUCUUUUUUCAUUUUGAUCGGACUGCAUUCAUAGAGUUUAUGUGGAGUGCAGGUAUUGGCCACGAGCCAUAGGAGCUGUAUCAAGUUUUUGAUAGCAGUGACAGCAGACAUAUUUACUGCUGUGUGUAAGUGUGUAUUUUGUUUGUGAGUGGGAGUAGACUGGCUGGAUUUACUGAUGAAGAGAACAUAUCGUUAACCCUUACCGUGGGGCACAUAUUUGAUCUUUCCAUGUUGUCCAACUAUUGUGCACCAGUGUUCAUAUAGCCAUGUGUGCCUCACAUCGGCCAUCUUUCUUGCUACCACGUCAAUCUUGGGUGUAUGCAUAAAGAUUCCUGAGGAAAUUGUUAUUAAGUCAGAAUUUAAGCAACUUAACAUUCUUGAGCUUUUAACUCAGUUUCUUUAUAAUAUUUGCAAAACAAUCUUAACUAAUUAAAAGCUUCUAAAUACUU